AUGGCGAGCCUACCAAGGUUAAUAGAUGAUUUUCAGGCUGGUAUUGCUGAUGCAGACUCCAAGAUGGCCCGCUGGGCUGGCGUACAGGACCAGGGAGCAGGAGUAGGUGUGCUGGCAGCAUUAUCUUCUCUGGCUGCUCUUUGGGUCGCCUGGAGAUUCUUGCUGAGGUGCCGCCUCGCCCUCAAGCUGCGACGCAUGUCCCGCACGGUCCCAUCCCUCAGGGGUACUUUGCCGGUGCUUGGACCUGCCCUCAAGCUAGCCGAGGGGGCCCCGUGGGACACGAUGACACGGUGGGCGCAGGAGUACGGGAGCAUCUACAAGUUCUCCCUGUUCGGCAACGUCAACGUCGUGUUGUCUGACCCGUCCUUCAUGAAGGAGGUCAUGCGGACUAAGAUAUCUAAGUACCACAAGGAUGUCGACUUCGCCUACCGCCCAUUCCUUUCCCUUCUCGGAACCGGCAUCGUCACGUCAGAUGGACCCAAGUGGCGCAAGCAGCGCAACAAGGUUUCCGCGGCGUUUCGCAUCGAGGUCCUAUCGGCCGUGCCGGGCAUGGCCCAGAGGGCCGUGGCGCGCCUCGCCAAGAGGCUCGACGAGGCGGAGGAGGCUAACGAGUCCAUGGAAAUCGGAGAGGAAAUGAGGCAUCUCACGCUGCAGGUGAUAUCGGAGGCGUUGAUGAGUCUCACCGCCGAGGAGGCUGACGGGACGUUCGCUAAGGUCUACAUGCCCAUCGUGGUCGAGGGCCACAAGAGGACUUGGAACCCCUUGCGGAGGUUCUGCCCGCUACUGCCUGCCUGGUGGGCUCACAUCAAGAACCAACGGAUACUCAACGACUAUGUUACGGGGAUAAUUCGCGCUCGCUGGGAGAUCAUUCGAAAGGAGAGAAAUCAAGCCGCGGCUGCCACGAACGGCGUUGCCGAGGGGAAGGGGUUAGGGGGCACCGCGGACGGGAAGGAUUCGCACGCACACCUGGGGCGGAAGCGGGAUAUACUGGACAAAGUGUUAGAUUCGCUUGAACCAGGAGAGUGGGGAUCUGCGGCUGUUUUGCAGAUUCGAGACGAGAUGAAGACCUUCGUGCUUGCCGGGCACGAGACGUCGGCCUCCAUGCUAAAUUGGUCUCUGUUUGAGCUGAUGGGAAGCAAGGUCCUCAUGGCCAAGGUAGUGGCGGAAUCGGAGCAAGUCUUCGGGCACGCCGUGCCGCUGACCGCCCCUCUUCCAUCCGCAGAAAAGCUAAGGGGUUUGCAGUUCACAGAGGCGUGUCUGCGGGAGAGCCUCCGAAAGUACAGCCUCGUGCCCCUGGUGGUACGACGGUGCGUGGAGGACACCACCUUAUGCGAAGAAGGGGGGACGGAGCACUUCAUCCCGAAAGGAUGUUCGGUACACCUCCUCAUCAAGGGGGUACAUGAACGGCCGGAUAUCUGGCCAGACCCCAUGCGGUACAACCCCGACCGUUUCAUGGAGACACCGGUGGCACCGUACACCUUCCUUCCUUUCAUCGACGGUCCCAGGAACUGUCUGGGGCAGCACUUGUCCCUCCUUGAGUCUAAGGUGGUCCUGUCUUUGUUGGUGAACCGGUACGAGUUCUCACUGGUCAACGCCAACGCGGGGGAGCCCAACGCGUGGAUGAUCCCCACCAUCCCAAAGUACGGGACGCACAUCACCACCAAGAGGCGGUCUGGUCGAUGACGAUGCGCAUCGCCGCCGGGGAACCGCGAAACGAGUUCCACAAUUUUGAAAAAAUGGGUGCGACCGUUCACAAGUGGGGGGGGGGUAUCAGAGGGGCUCCGCGAAAUCAUCCCGCAAUCACGUCGUCUGUCGAUAUGGCACGGUCGCGUGUCGAGAUUGUGGGAGAGGAGAGCAGAGACCUACUGCUGUACGACAACUUCAACGUGUUUGCGGCAUGCUUUUGGAGGAUGGGACGGGAUGAGGAUGACUGUUUGUUCGACGAACGGUACGAUCCGCGGUUUUCUGCCCAAUCGCUGAGCUCGGUCGGUUGUAAUCUCGGUCAAGCACAAACGUGUACGUAAUCUUCAUGUGUCUUGUGUGUUUUCGUGUCGCAUGGACCGCCGAGGUUUUCGUUCGGACCAGACGCAGUGGCUAUAAUAUUGGCCAAGCACUGCACUAUUUGGUGGACACGCGUACUGUGCAUCUGGCGCGAGCACACCCGGUAGUUUAGUACGAGUCAAGCACAGCGACCACCGGAUCUGCUGGAGGUGCCUCGUGCGUGUGUCAUGCAGUAUUUUCACUUGAUAGCUAUUUCGUUCUUGCACGUACCUUGGCUUGCGGCAUCGCCCCGUCGCCAUAUAGGAAUUUAUCGUGACUGUCACGUGUACACGCGUGCUCCCGACAACAAGCAUCGUGAAUUUUCGUGAACCCUACGCCCCACGUUGCUGGCAUCCAGCCUUUGUAGGAGGACCAAGGCAUCGAACACAUCAAUAGGACCGAUUUCACAGCUCUUGUUGCACCAACAGCGAAAA